AUGUCACGCAAAAAAUUAAUUCCCGUUAGUAAAGGUGUAACACUAAGUGUUUCUGCUGCUAAUGAGGUGUCUGUUAAAGGUCCGAAAGGCGAAUUGAAAUUGAAUGUUGAUAGAGAUAUCAAAAUUGAAGAGAAAGACGGAAAUAUUGAAGUUUCUCGUCCUACCGAUCAAAUUCGUCAUCGUGCAAUGCACGGUUUGUACCGUUCUCUUAUCUCUAAUAUGGUGAUAGGCGUAACAGAAGGAUUUCAAAAAACAAUGGAACUUGUCGGUGUGGGUUAUCGUGCUACUGUUACUGGUCAAGAAAUUGAUUUGGCAUUAGGAUAUUCUCACAACAUCAUAUUGCAAUUGCCUAAAGAAGUGAAAGCAACUGCAACUGCUGAGAAAGGUAAAAACCCAACGAUUACACUUGAAUCAAUGGAUAAACAACUAUUGGGUCAGGUAGCAGCUAAAUUACGUAGCUUACGUAAACCUGAACCAUACAAAGGUAAAGGUGUUCGUUACUCUGAUGAAAUUGUUCGUCGUAAAGCUGGUAAAUCUGCAGUAGUUCGUCGCCAAAAAUUACGCUGGCGUAUUCGUACCAAAAUCAGUGGUACAGCUCAAAAACCUCGUUUAUCUGUUUUUCGCAGUAACAACGAUAUCUAUGCACAAUUGAUUGAUGAUGCAAAUGGCCUUACUUUGGUAGCCGCUAAUUCUCGUCAAAAAGAUAUCACUGCAGCAGCAGGUAAUAAGGUUGAAAAAUCAGUAAUGGUUGGUAAAUCUUUAGCUGAAAAGGCAAAAGCUUUGGGUAUUGCUAAUUGCGUAUUUGAUCGUGGUGGUUAUUUGUACCAUGGUCGUGUAAAAGCAAUCGCUGACGGUGCACGUGAAGGUGUACCAACUUCAACAACAUUCAAAAUAAUACACAACAAAAUGUCUAAGACACAAUUAAAUCGAGUAAAAGCUGGCGAAUUAGAACUCCACGAAAAAGUGGUAUCAAUCAACCGUGUUGUGAAAACAACAAGUGGUGGUCGUACAUUCAGCUUCUCUGCCUUGGUGGUAGUUGGUAAUGGUAACGGUGUAGUAGGUCAAGGUCUUGGAAAAGCCAAAGAAGUUCAAGAGGCAAUUACUAAAGGUAUUGACGAUGCUAAAAAGAACUUGAUUAAAGUUCCGAUUAUGCACGGUACGAUCCCUCAUGAGCAAUUUGCUAAAGAAGGAGCUGCUAAAGUAUUGAUUCGUCCUGCAGCACACGGUACAGGUGUUAUUGCUGGAGGUAGUAUGCGUGCAGUUUUAGAAGCUGUGGGUGUUACAGAUAUCCUUUCAAAAUCAUUAGGUUCUGCUAAUCCACAGAAUGUGGUUAAAGCAACUGUUGUUGCUUUGAGCAAAUUGCGUGAGCCUAUUGCUGUUGCUAAACAACGCAAUGUGAUAACACAAAUCAAAAGCGGAAUUGAUCGUCCUGAAUACCAAAAGCGUACUCUUGUUGCUUUGGGUUUGAGUAAAAUCAACAGAAGCGUUGAGGUAGAAGCUACACCUUCCAUUUUAGGUUCAGUUCAUUCAAAGAAGCGUGUAGCACGCGGAGAAGGUAGCGGUGGUACUACUGCCGGUAAAGGUAACAAAGGACAACAGUCUCGUACAGGUUAUCAAAGCAAAAAAGGUCACGAAGGUGGUCAAAUGCCUAUCCAACGUCGUAUGCCUAAACGCGGAUUUAAGAAUAUGAAUCGUGUAGAGUAUACUGUGUUUAAUCUUGGUCAAUUAGAUACAAUCAUUUCUAAAUACGAUUUUAAAGAGUUUAAUCUUGACAAUUUGUAUGUUAACGGAUUGAUUAAUCGUACUGCUCUAGUAAAGAUUUUAGGAAACGGAGAGAUGAGCAAAACCAACAUCAAAUUUGUUGUUAAUGCUAUCAGUGAGAAAGCAAAAGCAGCAAUUGAAUCCGCUGGCGGCACUAAAUUUAUCGAAACGCUUAAAAAUAUUUGGAGUAUCGAAGAACUCCGCAAGCGUAUCUUGUUUACCCUUACGCUUGUGCUUGUUUACCGCGUAGGUUGUUAUAUUACUAUUCCUGGUAUUAACCCUGUCAUUCUUGAUGCUAAAUCAGGUGGAGGGCCAGAUGGCUUAUUGGGUUUAUUUAAUGCCUUUGCGGGCGGUGCAUUUAGUAGAGCAUCGAUUUUUGCCUUGGGUGUUAUGCCUUAUAUCUCUGCAUCUAUCUUUAUGCAAUUAGCAGGUAUUGUCAUUCCUCAAAUUGCUAAAUUACAAAAAGAAGAAAGUGGACGCCGUACCGUUAAUCAAUACACUCGCUAUUUAACUGUUAUCGUUACUGUUUUCCAAGCUAGUGCUUAUGUUGCUUAUCUUCGUGGUCCUGAGUUUUCUCAAGCGUUGAUUCCUGAAUUUAGUAGUUUCAUGUUCUGGUUUACUACUGUAGUAGUGCUUACUGCUGGUACGCUUUUUGUGAUGUGGCUUGGUGAAAAAAUUACUGAUAAAGGUAUUGGUAAUGGUACUUCAAUUAUCAUUAUGGUUGGUAUCUUGGCUCGCCUUCCAGAAUCUGUUCUUCAAGAAUUUGCUGCUCAAAGUGGUAGUGGAGGAGGAGGAUUGUUGAUUUUCCUUGUUGAAAUUAUAGCUUUCAUAGGUGUUAUUGUUGGUCUUAUUUUGUUGACUCAAGGUGUUCGUAAAAUACCUUUAAACUAUGCUCGUCGUAUUAUCGGCAGCACCAAUGCUGCAAAAGAUAUUGAAGGCGGUGCUCGUGAUUUUAUUCCUUUGAAAGUGAACUCUUCAGGGGUAAUGCCUAUCAUCUUUGCUCAAGCAAUUUUAUUUAUUCCAGGUACAAUUGUGGGCUUUACUAAAAUGACGACUGAAGGUGCAACUGGUAGUUUCAUGCGUUCAUUGUCAGACAACACCUCUAUGUGGUACAAUCUGAUUUAUGCGAUACUUGUAAUAGCAUUUACUUAUUUCUAUACCGCCUUGAUCUUUAAUCCUACUGAAAUGGCUGAUAACCUGAAACGUAACAAUAGUUUCAUUCCAGGUAUUAAACCAGGAGAACCUACUGCAAAUUUUAUCGCAACUAUUAUGGAUAGAAUUACUUUGCCAGGAGCUGUAUUUUUGGCUAUCGCAGGUAUUCUUCCAGGUAUUGCUGGUUUGCUUGGUGUUACAUCAGGUUUUGCAAGUUUCUUCGGAGGUACUUCAAUGUUGAUUGGCGUUGGUGUAAUUUUAGAUACUUUACAACAAAUCGAAAGCCAUUUGUUGAUGCGUCACUAUGAUGGAUUAAUGAAAGGUGGCAGAAUACAGGGUCGUACUACAGCAUCAACGACUGUAUAA